AUGAUGCCGCGAGGCGUCAUCAAUGCAAUUGGCGGCCUGGAGAGCUCUCAUACGCAUUUGCGAAUGCUCGCCUACAUAGACAUAAUUAAUGCCUUUGGCCGGUCCGAGGCGCAGAGGACCCAUUUGUGGGAAGAUAUCGACACCACGCCGACGGCCUGGGAUUCCAUUCGAAACGCAUGUGCCAAGGUGUUGCGAGAGUGGGUUUCGCUUUUGUCAAAGUCGCAACAUCAAUUGGUAGCUUUUGAAAAAGUGACUCGAUUGAUCAUUCUUUUCUCCUACGAAGAGGACCGGUAUGGACUCAUCCAAAGCGAUCUGGUAGAAAUGGUAAAGCUGUAUUUGGACAUUGUUUUCGAAAUCGAGUCGUUCAACGAAUCGGUCCCUGCAAGACCAAACAAAUGGGCAGAGCUUAUUCUAGAUGCAACUGUUAAAUCAAGCGGGUCUUAUUACGGGACAAUCGACCCCACCAGCAGUGUUCUGGUUGAAUGUGUCAAUACGAUCCAUGAAAUGUACCGUGUUUUCGACAAGGAUUUGCUUGACCUGGAAUUGCCGCUCCGAUACAAAAAUAAGAUCACCUCGAUACUGGCUGCCGAGGAUGGCUGUGAUCGCGGAUAA